CAACACGUGGAUUUGCUAAUUCAUUUUAAAACCGUUUUCCCGUAGUUAAUUUUUUAAAAAUUGGCGAACAACAUGAGUGUGUCCUUAUCCAUUCUCGUCAUUUUGUACUCAACUGCCUUGUUGCUUUUGAUAAUUUCCAAAAGGUGCGACGCGGCCAAGAAUUUAAAUGACAGUAGUGAUUACGAAGGCGACGACGAUCUGUCGUCCAUUGAUGGUACAAUGUCGUUAAAUGAUCUAUCGAUUACGCCUAAGGAACCAGAAGUCCAGCCCGAUUAUACCAAUCUCAGGUGUACGGAUCCCAAUACAAAUAAAAAAUAUAAGGUCGGCGACACUUGGUUUCCUGAUGGCUGUGGACAAAGAUCGUGCAUUUUUUCCGAAGACAACUAUUCGGCUCAAAUACUAUCAGAAACUUGUCGGUGUAGAACCUGUCCUCCUGGCACAACAUGUUCCAUAAUCCGCCGAGCCGUGUCAGCCAACGCCCAAUAUCCACACUGCUGUCCACUGACAACUUGUAUUGAAGUUUAUUCGAGGCUAUACUUUUGGAAGAAAAUCGGCAGCUUUAGGCAUUGGUGAAUGACAUCGAGUUCAUUAUUAGUUGUUAAUACAUAUAUUUUGGUACUCAAGCCCAAUUAGAUGAGACAUAUUUUUGAUAUUAUCGUAUUGUUCCUAUGUAGACUGCGGAACAUUUGUUUUAUUUUUUAUUUUGUGUAGUAUUGUACAAAGUGAACGACUAACUAAUGAUUAUUGAUAUUGUAUUCAUAUUUUUU